AUUUAGCAAAACCACCACGACUGGCGUUCAAGCGCAAUCUAGAUCUUCGUAUUCGUGCUCUACAGUCUUUCUAAGCUUCUUGAAAGAUAUUGAACCAGGAUCUCCAACCUCCCAGCGACCUUCCCGAAACGAUCGUCUGCAUACGAAUUACAAAGUCUAAAUUUCCCUGCAACAGCCCACGACGCAUUCGGGUCUGAGCCCACGACUCCUCGAUCCUCAGCUUCCGGGGCUUUCCAAAGACGGAACAUAUAAACGAUGUCUUCGAUAAAAUAUCGACAUCUGUCGAGGAACUCUGCCCACCGACGGGCCCUCCUCCGCAACCUCGUCACAUCUUUGAUCGCAAAUGAAUCAAUAUCCACGACUUACGCCAAAGCAAAAGAGGCACAACGACUGGCCGAAAAGAUGAUCACCCUGGGGAAGAAGAACACAAAUGCUGCCCGUCAAAGGGCCAAGUCUAUAUUUUUUGAACCAGAUCGACACAUGGAGAAACUUUUCGACACCCUGCGCAAACGUUACGAACACAGACCCGGUGGUUACACGCGCCUCUUGCGCCAGGAACCCGUCCGCGAAGACCAGGCCCCGUCGGCCAUUCUGAGUCUCAUCGACGGACCUAGAGAUAUGCGGUUCAGUAUGACCGCCAAAGCCAUCGUGAGACAACGGAAAGAGAACCUGCCGAUGCACGAACUCACGGCGGUCAACAUUCGUAAAGUCACGAGGUUCCGAGACGGAGGUGAAGAGGCGCUCGAAGAGGAGAUCAAAAAGUUGGAAACCGCCAUAGAGGACCAGAGUCUGGAGGAAAAAGAAGCCUUCGAAGAAGACGGCACCACCUACGAGUGGGUGAGGGGCGAGAAGAACAGACGCACGGGUGUGAGAGGGGAAGAGAAAAAGGGUCCCGGGAGGCUGAAGAGACAACCUGUCGGGGCGGACAAGAUUGUUUGAAUUUAGACUGGACAAGAUUGGACCUGGAAAAGAGGUCAUGUAUAUUGAUUGUACCAUCAAUUCGAAGAGCGAUGUCAAUAAGAUUACGUUGCUUUGGUCAA